GUGGAAACACUGAUUCCCAGUGUCGUCAUUGUCAACAUUCAACACGAAUACAUAAACUGUUGUGAAUGAAAUCCUAGACGUUAUUAAGUUAAAGUGUGAUAAGUUAUUAUUUAAAUUUACAAACAGAAGAAAAUGGAUUUGAGUUUAGAUGAAAUAAUAAAGAAAAAGAAUAUCAAAAUAGGGUCACAAAAACUUAAGGGCAGGUCACAAAAUGGUAGGAGAAACAUGAGCACAGGUAGAGUAAACAAACCAGUACAGAGUAACAAUGGGCGAGUCACCAGACCUCUUCGUCGCACAAACUCUCAGAUUGCAGACAACCCAAGAGUCGUCGAUGCCCGUUUGCGAAUCAUCCAGAAGAAUCGCCAGCGCAUGACGGAUGCUAGAGAUAAACUUUCUGAGCUAGCGAAACAGACGGACGCUCGGAAUAAAAUCAAAGGCAGAAACCCGAAGUUGGCUGUGCAGCCAAAUGGACGAACUGAUCGAGGCCGGAUUAACAGAGAUAACUUCAUCAGAACUUUGAAAUCAGUUCCACUGCUCAAGCGUUCGUUCAGAAACAAUGUUGCAGAGAUCGCAGAUCCUGCCGCGUUGAUUCGUACAAUCAAUCGCCCUAAUCUUAACUAUAUGCCCCGGUCCUCACCCUUGUAUGUGGAUGACUUCGACAUGUCCUCACCGAUGAGGCCUCACACGGAUCUCAGUGGUAUCAAGGUGGUCACACAGAACGAGUACAUGCAAUACAACCAGGUCCAGGAGUACGUACCGGAGCCGAUGUUUGUGGAUCACCAUGACGCCCCUGUAUUUAGAAGGCAUCUUGAUAAUCCCAGGGGUGGCAUUACUGUACCUCAUGGUAGAAGCGGAGGAAGGAUGAGCCAAGAGAUGAGGGCGCGUCUGGACAGUCCCAAGCCUCCCCCCGCCUACAUCUACCCUCCCCCCUCCCACAGUCCCCCACUUUCUCCUGGCCAUCGCAUUGUUGUUUCCAACUUACAUGCCAGCGUUACCCACGAGGACAUUAAGGAGUUGUUUGAGGACAUUGGGCCUCUGCUUACGUCCCGGUUGGUGCGGCCGGGCACUGCCGAGGUGAUCUACAAGGAACACAAGAAUGCCAAGCAGGCAGUGGAAGCGUACCACAACAGACAACUGGAUGGCCAGCCUAUGAAAUGUCUGCUCGUCAAUCCUAGGUCACCAUCUGCCGGAGGUGUCCUGAGGUCCAACAACAUCCCAGCUGCCCCCAAGUACCCCAGCAGUAGCAAGUCUAUGGUGGUCCCGGACCUGUCGGCCAUCCACAAGGCACUGUUCACCAACAAGUGAUCAUGUCGGUCAGCUGAUACUUGUAAAUAGCAUUGACAUUUUUGUAUCAUGUACAGUGUUCCCACUCUACUAAAUAUAACGUACUAAUCUCAAUAUCGUAGGUAUUUAUUGUGUUCAGCCAGAGGUAAGAAAGUUUUUUUAACCGCAUAAAUCCUGUAUUUUUUUAGAAUAUCGCUUUAAUAUCACAAUGCAUAUAAACCAGUCGAACCGAAGGAAUUAAUUGUUAAUAGUUAUUGUAUUUGAAUACAGUGAAAAUUGUACGAAAAUUUGUUUUUCAUGAACAAACGAUUUUAAAUUAUCUGGUUCAUUCGUAGUGGCACAGCCACAGGUCCUCUUCCAGCUGGCAACUUGGGAUGUUUCAGAUGUGUUAUAAAAAGAUGUAAAUUACAAGACUUUGCCUCCAUUAAGAAAUUGCCAAGGUGAAACAUAGCUAACGGAAGCAGAUAAUUUAAUUUCUUUUGAUCCAUAACCCAGAACAGUGAACGAUUUAUUCAGCCUGAUACAUUUUUUCAGUUCGGAAAAUUUUGUCAAUAUAAAAUUUUGUGAACCUCUAUGACUAAAAAGAUUCAAAACAAAUGCAUAUAUUAUUUUAAAGUUUUCUUUAGUUUGUGAAAAUGUAUUUUGGAAUCUGUAAUUGUCAUUAUAAUUUUUAAUAAUCAUUUUGGUUUUGAUUGUGACAUUAUUAGUGUAAUCUUGGAAAUUAUAAAAAGCACAGAGAAUUUGAGUAAUUAAAUUGAGUAAUGUGAAUUAAAAGGUUAAAGUAAAUUCAAACCCUGGAACUGGUAAAUGCGUGAUAUUAGUUAUUUUAGUUACAAUCUACAUGUUAGCACCCGCAAUCAGGCUUUAUUGUUCCACCAAUCAGAGUACUUCUUAUUUAUCUGUUUGUGGUUAUUUUGAUAUCUCGCAGGUUACAAUUUGAGAUAAUACAUUUUUAGUGAAUUUGUGACAGUAACUUCCACGAUUGGUUAAGUGACCUGUGAUGACAUGUAAAAAAGUAAAACAUAAAAAAGUGCAUAGAUAAAAACAUCAUGAAAUUUGUCUAAAUAAAUGUUUGAUUGUUUUAGAUGGGUAAAUAUGAAAUAAACGGCCAGAGUGGCAAAAAACGUAUUGUGUUAUUAACCUAUUUUUAUCAUCCUCUUGAACAAAACAAUAAAAGGUUUCAAUGAUGGGUGGAAAUAACAAAUAACGAAAUUAUGGAACAUAAGAAGUGGAACUACUUUUCUUACGUGGAGUAAUAUUUCCUUUUUUUCAUCUGUGUUGUCUUGUGACUAUGAGUCAACCUUGUAUGGGUUGCUAGCGACAUCAGCCGUUGCCCCAUAUUUGGAUACGUAAAAUAUUAAUAAAAUCUGAAAUCAGGGCCCGACUAUAUAACGUAAAGUAAAGAUGUCUUAUUUUACCAGGGGUCUUUUUAAUAACGUUUGUGUUAUUUUACAUCUUCUGAGAAUAAAAGUUCAUAAAAGUCAUAUUGGCCUUACACAAAUACCUCCUGACAACGGGCUGCUUCCUUGCACUGAUGGAAACAAGUAAAACAUAUCCCUUGAGGUUAAAGAUCAAAUUCUAGAGGGUCUAAUCACAAAUUCCCCUGGCCAUUAAUGCUGGCUGGGAAACAAAUUGGCAAAGUAAAAACAUAUUGUAAAUUCACUUAUCAUACAUUUUUUCGUAUCUUGCAAGAAAAGUAUUUCGACUUUAUUGUUUUGUUUAGAUCGACAAUUGCAAUAGGGUUUAUAGCGCAAAUCUCAUUACCGUUGUGGAUAAAAGUAAGUUUGAAAAUAAUACAAACAAAUUUAACCAAACUGUCUACAAACAAAUAAAUAGUGUAAAAAAACAAACAUAAGUUUAAAUAAGCAAAACUAACAUUAUCCUAAUUUCAUAUGUAUCUACUAACAAACCACUUGGUAAUUUCCGAUCAUGAAAAUAUCUUUUCUCGAUUUGAAAAUAACACACUAUUAUUACACAAUGAACACAUACUCUUAUUCAGAAAAAACACAAUGACUAAUUAAAGAAGGAAUACAUUAAUUUCCUAAUAUUUUAACUGCUCACAUAAUCCACACACAAACGUAUAAAUAACUUUAAAAACUAAUAGACGUAUUAGAGUUAAUGCGCCGCGGUAGUUGAUUAAUGGAUGCCAUGAUUAUCAACAAGGCAGUGAGUCAACUCCGCAGGACGCCUGUUGGUGCUGUACUAAGCUGUUCUGACCAUAGAACACUCAGAUAAGCUAUCUGACAUAACAUUGAAAAUCAUAGAUAAUAAGAAGCACAGUACACAAAUAUAAGCACAAAAAUACCUUUUAUUUAAAUUACUAAAAAACGUACUUAUUUGUAAUUUUCACCUCCUAAAACCAUAUAUAGUUUUGUUUAGGAGGACGAGCAGAAUAUGUUAAUAAUGUUGAAAUUUUAAUUGGCAACUUCCGGCCGUUAACUUUACUGAUACCUAAUUGUUUUAAUUCAUUGGCUUGUAAGUAUUUUCACAUCUUGUGCAAAAAUGAACAAAACAUAAUGGUUUUGUGAUACGUUUAUGAAAAAUACGUGUACAUAUGUAUGUUAUAUCUUUUUUUUUAUUUUCAUGAAAUAGGCUUCAAUAAUAAGUAUAUUUUAGUAUCUUUCAUCCUAAUUAAUAAAUUUCUUUGUUGUAUAAACAAUAGACGUUUUUAAGUAAAUGGUAUUUGUUAACCUCAUAUAAUAGAAAAGCCCACAUUAUUGGUUUUCUUUAUUUAAAAUGUUUCCUCUAAUACAAAAUACCAUAUUUUUCAUUUUAUGUUUUUUAUUGAUUUGGUCAAUAUUUUAUAUAUAAUUUUAACAAUAAACAAACUUUUUUGAUAUUUAGGUGGCAUUGUACUUGUUACAGAACAGUUCUGUGAUAGAAUUUGUGAGCCUGGAGUAGCUGUCACAAAAAGACUCUGUGAUACAAGGCCUAUGAGUUAAUAACUAUUAUAGUGUUAGUAAAUUAACAUGAAUAUUAAUUAAAUGCUUAGACAAUCAUAGUGUGAAUGUUGAAGCUUUUACUUUAAUGUCAGAUUGCAAUUUUGAAAACCGCUGUAUUUGAUGUUUUUAUCUUCAAUUUGAAAAAAAUUAUCUCAUAAUUUGUUUUUUACUCAAAAUUAAAUUCUCUCUUUUUUAUUUUAAAAUUUGUAUAUUUUUAAGUCAGAGUACAAAAAAAAUUCUUUCUAUUUUGUUGUGGUGAUGUUUGUAGAAAAAUACUGAAUAAAAUUUUAAAUAAUAUGAUAUACUUAUUGUAUAUAAUAAAAUAGUAACAACAGGUGAUGUACAAGCACUUAUACCACAGCUUAUGAGGGAUAUUGUAUCACCAGUUCCAGGGUUAAAUAAUUAUUUUUGAAGAUUUCACUAACUGUUUGCUCGGCUCUUGUCAUGAAUUGUAAGUAAUCAGUUGAGCCUAGGAGAUGUUGAAUAAAUAAGUAUAUUUCAGUUACAAACACAUAAUAAUUCAACUUGUUGGGAUUUUAGAUCUUUGUUUCCUUUGGGUUCAGCUUCAGUUUGUUGUGGAACUCGAGUGUGCGUUUAGCUAUUUAGAGAAAUAAAUUGCUCUAUGUAAGCAAAUUUGUUUUUUCUUUUUGCAAUAUAAUUGUUGUUUUAUAACUUUUGUACAUACUGUCCUCCAUAGUAUUAUCAAGCAUUGUUAUAGAUGUCUUAAUUUUAUAAAAUAAUUCUUUGUGAUCUGUUAAAUUAUAAUUUCCUCUGUGGGAAUAAUGAGGUUAUUUAAAUCUGGGAGAUUACUAGCAAAUUGUGUUAGGAAUAAAAUAUGUCCUUGACUGCUUUCGAACACAUAGAUUAAUUUAUGUGUGUAAUAAUUACAUUGUUACUAUCAUUAAACAGAAAUACAUUGAAAUGUUUGAAAAUAUUGUUUUACGUGAACGCUUCCUGUAUUGUUGAUUAAAUCAGGUGUUUGAAGUCAUGCUGCUCCAUCAACUCUUUUGCUGUUAAAUCCUGUUUUUUUUUUUUCAUGCAGUAUUGUUCUCUCCAUAUCCAGUAAUAUAAUUUUAUUUUUACUUUGUACUUCAAUUUUUUUCCAUAAUCCCAAAUAAAAUUUUUUUGUAUAAAAUAAACUUAAGAAAAAUUGAACCUAUUUAGGUGUAGCAGUGUAAAAGUUUAUUUUGAACAAACAUUUUUUAAUAUACAGUGUACUAACAAGGCGAUAUGUAAAAUUAACUGGAUUUUAAAGACUUACAGUGUUGUAGUAAAGAGUAAUUACCUUUUUUUUACAAAAUUGUAAUUAAUGUAUUGGUUUGUGUACAUGACCACUAUGUGGAUCAUCAAAAACUAUUGAAUUAUUGAGUACAACUUUUUCAAGGAAAAUGGAACGUAUUACUAUGCAAUACGUGUGACAAAAUUUACUAAUAAAGACAAUAAAUUAUUGCA